CAAGACAAUUGGUAGGCGCUAUGGGGCAAGCAUUACCUGGCCCUUUUACCCCCAACUUUUGGACCCCUGGUGUGGAGAAAUGGUCUACAAAGAGUCCUAGCACCGAGAUCUUGUCAGUUCUGGCGCCCUUUUCAAUGCAGGUGUCAACUCAGACCUGACGUCCUCUGCCCAUCAUCUACCAAGGUAGAAUGCUAGAAAGCCCAGGGCCUCCGGCAAGGGACAGGCAGGGUUAGAAUGAGGAACGGACCACAUGAAGACCUUUCCCCAAAGGAAGCAGGCAGUGGCAGCCCAGGCUGUCCUGGACACAGAAGGUUGCAGCUACACUUGAGGCUGAGCAAGCCAUAUGGCUCCCAGAUACCUGCUGAGAUUUUGGCGUCUUCAGAGCCAAAGAGGAUAAUUCCUGGUGAGAGGCCAAUAGGGCUCAUCUGCUCCCACCUGGGUCCAACCACAGACGUUCAUUCUGGAAUCACCCCAAACCCAGAUUCUCUGCUGCCAAGCCGAGAUUUCAGGCUCCUUGUAAGCCCCUGUCUGGAGUCCUACUGGCAAGCUUUUCUUAGUGCAAGGAACCCAUGUUCAGACCCAAAGACUUGUGCUUUGAGGAUGCUGCCAUUCGUGACCCUUCACUCUACAUAGCCCAAAUGAGAGCUAGGGAGAUCACUCGCAUCUGGACCACACUAGACCGCUCCCUUCCAGCACGGCCCCUUUAAGUACCACCCUACUGAUUACCACUGGGGGCAGCACUGAGCAGCCAGGCCAGGAUCAGAGCUGCUGCCUCCAAGCUUCUGCCGGUACCGGCUACAUAGCCGGGUCAGGUACACACCGGAACCGAUUUGGGUUAUGCAGCCUACCUGGGCUCAGCUCAUGGAGAAAUAACCAGGCUGAAUGGCCUGCGAGGUUUCUCCUGCAAGUACUUCUAAUAUGGGUAUGGAGCCAGCACCAGAAGCCCUGACCAAGACCUGCAGCCAGGGCUGCUCCAUCCCUUAUGCCCCAGGUAAGCCGGCCCAGCACGUGGGGUGGGGUGGGGGUAAAGGGUCUGGGGUGCAGAGGAGGCUGCCCUGACCGGUAUUUCCUCCCAGGGCAAAAUCCCCGAAAGGCCGAGUGACUGGAGCUGCUAGCCUGGGGACGUCUUUUAAGAUGACCCGCACGGACCCGCCGGACUUGCUUGUGUCGACCGUGUACCAGGACAUCAAGGUGGUGGCCCCAGGGCUCACGUCCAAAAGCCAGCCAUGUGAGCGAUCCGUGCCCCGGCCAGCUGCGCCCGCGCCUUUCAACAAGCGCCACUGCCGUAGUUUCGACUUCUUAGAGGCACUGGACGAGCCCACCAUGGAGACACACCCAGAGCCGCCACCUCCCGAGCCCGCGCCACCGCGUGCCCGGCCCCGAGACAGCGAGCCUCGGCGCCGCACUCGUUCCAAGAGCGCGCCCCGUGGGCCCCAUGGCCUGGCGCCUGCUCCGGCUUCACCGCCAGUACUGCAGCGCAGAGGCCGGGAGGCCCAGCGUUCGGUGCGGUUGGAGGGGUCGCCGCACAAGGAGCCCUCGUACCCUGCACUACGGGCUCUCGCCAAUGAGCUACACCCCAUCAAGCUCCAGCCACAGCGUGGCGGCCCCGGACGCAUCGCACCUCUAUGCGCCACCCCAGGCCGCUGUGCACCACCCGAACCACCCACAGGACCCGUCCCCCAUGUCCGCUGCCGUUUGGACAUCAAGCCUGACGAGGCAGUGCUGCAGCACGCCGCCCGAAGCUCGCGAUCUUGCGCGCCCAGCGAGGGGGCGCCCUGGGCUCGCACCGUCCCACAGUUCCAUGGCCUCACAAUUCCAGGCCCCCGCCAUGUGGCCCUGUCACGCACUCCCACCCCUAGUGACUUGUACUGUACUGACCCCAGAGCAGUGUACUGCGACGGGCCGUUGCCUGGGUCCCGGGACUAUUUGGAGCACCGCAGUCAACCCUUUGCAACACCCCCAGGUCCCACCCAAUUUUUCUACACCGAGGAACCUGAGGGCUACACAGGCAGUUUUACCACAAGCCCAGGUCUUCCCUUUGAUGGCUACUGCUCCAGGCCCUAUUUGGCCGAAGAAGCCCCCAGACCCAGUCCAAGGCGUGGGGGCGGCUACUAUGCUGGGGAAGUACGUACCUUCCCGAUCCAGGAGCCCCCCUCCCGUUCCUACUACGGGGAGGCAUCUCGAGCCUACGGAAUGCCUUUCGUCCCCCGGUAUGUCCCAGAAGAGUCCCGGGCACACCCCAGUGCCCGCACCUUCUACACAGAGGACUAUGGGAGGUUCCGUGAACGCGAAGUAAUGGCUCGCACUUACCCGCAUCCCCGCAGCAGUCCAGCCUGGGCUGAUUGGGGUCCGAGGCCUUACCGCACCCUUCAGGUGGUGCCUCCUCCCGCCCCUGGACCUCUGUUGGCCUCGUGGCACGGUGGCACCGGCACAAGCCCGCCCCGGCUGGUGACCGACAGCCGCCACUACUCUCGAUCCUGGGACAACAUCCUGGCUCCUGGUCCUCGUCGUGAAGACCCUCUAGGACGCGGCCGCAGCUAUGAGAACCUGCUGGGACGCGAGGUUCGGGAUACACGGGGUUCAUCCCCGGAAGGCCGGCGUCCACCAGUCGUAGUGAACCUAUCCACCUCACCCAGACGCUAUGCAGCACUGUCGCUGUCCGAGACGUCACUUACGGAAAAGGGCCGUGGUGGGGAAAGCCUGGGCCGCAACUGGUACAUCACGCCGGAGAUCACCAUCACUGACAAUGACCUGCGCUCAGUAGAGCGCCCGACAGCCAGGGGCUGGGAACUGCCUGGAGGCCGACCGCGGCAGCCGACACCCAAGGUCCCUGAGGGACCUGCCUCCAGCCGCCAGCGCAGCCUCGAGCAGCUGGACGAGCUCAUCACCGACCUGGUCAUCGACUCACGGCCACCAGGCCAGGCCCCAGAACCUGCCGCCGAAGGUUUAGGCCGCCAACUGCGCCGCCUACUGGACUCACGGUCUGCGGGCCCUGGAGGAGCAACCGCGCUGGCUCCGUCGCGCUCACCCCCGGCCUCGGCUGGCAGCACCGAGGAGCCCACCGGCUCGGGGGAGGCAGCCGACGCUUCCCCGGAACCCAGCGCCGACGAGGAUGACUUGAUGACCUGCUCCAACGCGCGCUGCCGGCGGACAGAGACCAUGUUCAACGCCUGCCUCUACUUCAAGUCAUGCCAUAGCUGCUAUACCUACUACUGCUCGCGGCUGUGCCGCCGAGAGGACUGGGAUGCGCACAAAGCGCGUUGUGUGUAUGGCCGCGUGGGCAGCGUGUGCCGCCACGUGCUGCAGUUCUGCCGCGACAGCAGCCCAGUGCAUCGCGCCUUCUCCCGGAUAGCGCGCGUCGGAUUCCUGUCGCGCGGCCGUGGCGUGCUGUUCUUGGGCUUCCCAAGCCCGGGCUCUGCCGACAACUUCCUCCGCUUCGGCCUCGAAGGGCUACUGCUAUCGCCCACCUACUUAUCAUUGCGUGAGCUGGCUACACAUGCGGCACCCCUGGGUAGCUAUGCACGAGAGUUGGCGGCGGCCGGGAGGCUCUAUGAGCCCGCGGAGUGCUUCCUGCUUAGUGUGUCGGUGGCCGUGGGCCCUGGAGCUGCACCCCCCGGAGCCGCUGCCCGUCCAGCGCCACGCAGCCCUGGCCCCACGGUGCGCAAGUUUGCCAAGGUGGCUCUGGCCGCCGGCAGUCCGACGCGGCCUCCUCCUGCGCGUGGUGGAGAGCCAGAUAUGGAAACGCUGAUCCUAACGCCACCUCCAGGCACUGCGGGCCUGGACCAGGAGGGUGAGGCGGGCCGGCGCGCACGUGAAGUGGCCUUCAUCCACAUCCAGCGUGAACUGCGUCUGCGCGGCGUCUUCCUCCGCCAUGAGUUCCCACGCGUCUACGAGCAGCUCUGCGAAUUCGUCGAGGCGAACCGGCGCUUCACACCCACCACCAUCUAUCCCAUCGAUCGGCGCACUGGCCGCCCCUUCAUGUGCAUGAUCAUGGCUGCUUCCGAGCCGCGUGCACUCGACUGGGUAGCCAGCGCCAAUCUGCUAGAUGACAUCAUGUGAGCUUUGGGACUAUUAGGCCCAGGCUCUGACCAGAGCCCUGCCUAUUCUACUCAGGCCCGGCCUGAUCCAUCAAGACCGCCCCCAGAAUCUGGACCAACUGGUUCAGCGCCCCGCCAAGUUUCCCCCCACCCCACCCCCGCCUAACUUAGUCUUCUACAAAUUCUCUGCCCUGAGCUCCACCCACUCAAACUUUGCCUAGGAGCCCACCCCCGCCACACCACCGCCGACCUGUUUCCCAUCAGCUGCUUCUCUUCCUUCCUGUUUUCAACCAGACCACCCAGAUCCUACCUACAUCCUGGGCUCUCCCCAAGUCAGCCAGGGAGAGGGGGCUCCCCAAGAGCCCGGUCCUCGCCCUCGGUGCUCCCCGCUGGGAGGUGGGGUGGGCCUGAGGACCACUGGGCUCUGCCUUCUAGUGGAAGGUUACUACUACACACAUCCCAUGGGGACAAACUUGAUAUACUUUGUGGGUGCUUGCUAUAGCUCGCCAAUCCUAGAUCCAUUCCCUCUCCUCCUAGUCCAGAAGUUCAUGUUGACCAAAGCCUAAUGUCCUUACUGUAAGCAAGCACUCCGCUAACCCUCCUCCUGUGUCUGGGGUGUGUCAGGUUUCAGAGGCCUUGCUCCCGUGCAUCCCUACGAUGUUGAGGCAAUGGGCAGGGCUCUCACCUCUGGUCACCUUGGUCUUUAGGCCAAGGCCAAGGCACAAGCCAUCCAGCCAGAGGAGAACCUGGGAAUGGGGAAGCAGAGUGUGGAUGGUGUGCUGGCCAGAGUUAAAAUCUAGCUGGGUGAGGGUUUGAGCUCACCCACACCUACUCAACAAGAUGGCCCUAAAAUAUCCACCUUCCAGAGAAGACGGAAGCUCAGGCCUUAAUCUCCCAAGGAGGUGGGAAGUGGGUGCUGAUGAAUUAGAAGGGGACCCUACAAAGAGCAACACUUAACCUGCCGACUGACUUGGGAAUAAGGAACAGGGGCUGUUCCUAAUUAGGGACUGGUUGGGGUGCAGAGUAGUGAGCCACCCGGUGUGGGAUCCGAUAGGGAGCCGGUGCUGAGGCUUAACCUGAGUCCAACCUAUGCACAAAAGUGCCGCACACUCGCCCUGGCUGAACUCCAAGCUGGGAGCAGAAGCCAAAGCCUGGUGUGUAAUGGAGACCAUAAGCCUGGGCAGCCCUGGGUCCCUUGUCGAACCUCUGCGAACUAACUGCACCCGGAUCUGAGCCCAGGGCUCCGUGGAGGGUGUGACCCAGAGAGGCUUGAGACCAGAAGCUGGACAAGUACUCUCUGGAACCCCGAAGCCCCUUCAUAGGUAAGGGAGGUCCAGCGCGAGAGCCUGGGACAACUCCCUGUGUGGGCAGUGUGCGCAUGCGUCACUACCCCCCCACCCCCGUACCCGGCUGUGUGUCCCCGGAACAGCCCAGAGCUCCCACCUUCGCCUGUGUCUUAGCACCUGCCCCAUGCCGCUCUUGCAACACUUGCUGCCGCACCGCCUGCCGCCCUCCCCAGGGGCUCCACAUUCCUUCCUGCGGCAGGUUGAUAAGAACGCCCCUGGCAAGAAUUCGCCCAUUUCCAAAGGGCGAAUGCUUUCGAACCAAGUAAAAUAGAACUUGAAUGUAGCUGCUGCUAACUCUGUGGUGGUGGUGGUGGUGGUGGUGGUGGGGAGCGUCUGGGGCGUAGAAGCUUGGCAACCGGAAACCUUGGACGUGAGGUUAUUGUGGAAGGGGAAGCCGGACGGGAGAGAGGUCCUCCGGCUUACGGAUGUUGGGGAAAUGAAGACUUCUGAUUUAAUGGUUUAUGCUAGGGAGCUGAAGCCCUAGGACCCAGGAGUGGAGCCGGGGUGCGUCACUGCAUCCUCUUUUGCUGCCCCACCUCCAGCAACUUGACUUACAGCAUCACUGAUAUCCCUUGAUCACAGUUCCUUUAACUGCGACUCAAGAUCGCAAAGCUGCAAAGAGCUGGGUUGCAAUUGGCUAGUCCGUGCCUCAGAUCAGAAGUACAACUGGCUGAGGCUCUUGGCCUCGGGAAACAUCCCCUCACAGGAUUGGCCGGGGCUGCCAAAGGGCCCGCCUCCCGCACGCUAAGGCCUCGGUCAGGUUGGUCCUGAGGCCAAGCGCUCCGGGGAACAUGGCGGCGGACCUCGCUCAGAUUCCUGAUGUGGACAUCGACUCAGAUGGCGUCUUCAAGUACGUGCUGAUUCGAGUCCACUUAGCAUCGCCCUCCGAGGAUCCGACGAAGGAGUGCAAGGAAAUCGUGCGUGGAUACAAAUGGGCUGAGUAUCACGGGUUAUGGUCGUGCCCAGCACUCGGUUUCAACUGAGAAGAUCAAAGCCAAGUAUCCUGAUUAUGAGGUCACCUGGGCUGACGAUGGCUACUGAGGCCCUGCUCCCCAGCAACUAAGUCAGGACUCUGCUCUUGCUGUACCAUCUCUUGAAGGACUGGCCCCGUGCUUUCCUUUUGUACUUUUGGCAACACGCCACCUGCCAGGCCUCGGAAGCCGGAACAAUCUGGUCCAUAGGAAUUAAAAGCUUUGAUAUGCCUGCUA